AGCCAUUGGCUGCUGUAGAGGGGGUGAACUAUCUUGACGGCCAGAGUUUAGUGUUUCACUGCUGUCUGCCAGCACUUUACUGUACUGGAGAUGCCAAGAUGGCUGCAAGCAAUUAUUUCGGCUUCACACAUGGUGCCGGUCCGCAGUACAGUACCCAGCCUCCCCCGGCCUACUCCCAUCCCUCUACAGCCAGUUACAGUGUCCAGCAGGCUCCAGCUGUGGCUCAUGCAGUAACUGCAUCGUACGCUCCAGCUCCAGUCCAGGCAGCCCGGCCUGUAGUCUCUGCUCCUUACCCUGCCUAUCAGAGCCACCAGGCCCCCCCUGACUAUGCCUACAGGCAGCCAGAACCCCCAGCGCCUCCACAGCCCACCACCACCCCACAGACGUACCAGGUGUACUCCGACACGCAGGACAACUACAGCUAUGGGCGCCCUGCUGCUGUGACUACCUAUGACAAUAAACAGUACUACCAGACGAGUAUAGCUACAGCUCAGAGGACACCGGCAGAGAAUUACUACCAGACAGUGGGAGUAAAGAGCGCUUACAGUCCAGCACCCACCACUGUGUACAGCCAGCCUCCUCCUCCCCAGAGGCAGAUAACUGCCCUGAAACCUCUGGCGCCUGCCAGUGCCGUGUCUACCAGCUACAACAUCUACCCAGUGUCCACCAGUGUCCAGCAGCCGCCCACACCCAUUUCAUCCUACACCCUCGGCUCCUCCUUCGGCUCCACUGUUGCAGCCACCACCUACUCAGGCAUUAGCUACUCCAGUUAUGAUUCAACUGGCUACACCUCCACAUCCGCUCCCUCCUAUUACCAGCCAGCCCAGCAGACUCUCAACCAGCCGCAGCCUCCUCCUCAACAGCCCCAGCAGCCGCAACAACCCCAGCCCCCCAUCCAGCCACCACACAAGCAACUGACAAGCUCUUCAUGGAGCAACUCGGGCAGCAACAUGGUGACAGCUCCGGCCGUAAACACCUACAAAAAACCCACGUUUCACCAGAACAAGCUGCAGAAGCCCAAAGGGCCUCCCAAGCAGCCUCAGCUGCAUUACUGUGACAUUUGCAAGAUCAGCUGUGCAGGCCCGCAGACGUACCGGGAGCACCUUGAAGGCCAGAAGCAUAAGAAAAAGGAGGCAGUGCUUAAAUCUGGGGGGCAAACGGGGACCAGCAAUGGGCCCAGAGGGGUCCAGACUCAGUUACGCUGUGAGUUAUGUGAUGUCUCCUGCACCGGAGUGGAUGCCUACGCUGCCCAUAUUCGUGGGGCUAAACACCAGAAGGUGGUGAAACUUCACACCAAGCUGGGCAAACCUAUACCUUCCACUGAGCCAGUGUUGGUGAAUUCUGCUCCAGUUAUCACAACCUCGACAGCUGGGAAACCUCUAGUCUCGACGUCCACUCCUGUCUCUGUCUCAACCACUUCAACGCCCACUGCAACACCCAAACAGGUGGCUGUAAACACCAUGGUCAAAACAGCAGCACCAAUCAAGAAACCAGCUCCUUCCAAAAUAACUGUCAUUUCCAAUAAGCCUGCCAGCACUCCAGCAACUACAGUGACAGCAGCAGCAGUGGUGGUGGCUGCCAAGGUGGAGAAGCCCAUACAACAGUCAGCUCAGAAAAUGGAGCCUCAGAGUGACGAUGAGGAUGGUGACAGAGCUGGAGGUCAGGGAGACAUCCAACCAGUGGGACAUGACUACGUAGAGGAGGUACGUAAUGAUGAUGGCAAGGUGAUUCGAUUCCACUGUAAACUGUGUGAGUGUAGCUUCAACGACCCCAACGCUAAAGACAUGCACCUGAAAGGAAGAAGGCACAGACUCCAAUACAAAAAGAAAGUGAACCCGGAGCUUCCUGUGGAGAUCAAGCCAAGUAACCGGGCCAGGAAGCUGCAGGAGAGCAAGCUGAAGAAGCAGAAGCAGAAGGCGGUGCUAAAGAGACAGAGAGACGAUGAGCAGCGCUGGCACAUGGAGAUGAGGUCAGACUCAUGGCCAAAGCGAUAUGAGGAGGACAUGUACUGGAGGAGGAUGGAGGAGGAGCAGAUGUAUUGGGGGGAGCAGAGACGCAGAAUGACUCCCCCACCGCUGAUGAGCCGCCCUGGUAUGCCAGUACCCCCUCUACUGACGUGUGUACGUCGGCCAGACUCUCCCGAUGACCGUCACAUCAUGGCUAAACACUCAACCAUUUACCCAGUAGAAGAAGAGCUGCAGGCUGUUCAGAGGAUUGUCUCCCACUCUGAGAGAGCCCUGAAACUGGUGUCAGACUCCCUGCUGGAUAAGGAGAUACCAGCUCUUACUACCGCUGCUGCUGCUGAAGGAGGAGAUGAAAAAGGUACUGAGAACUCAGCACGGCUGCUAAAAGGUGUAAUGAGGGUGGGCAUCCUGGCCAAAGGCCUGCUGCUUCGUGGGGACAGAAAUGUCGAGCUCAUCCUGCUGACUGCUAAGAAACCAACCAUCUCUUUACUGAAGAGCAUUGCCAAGCAGCUGCCCAAGGAACUGGAGACAUUUUCUGAAGAUCAGUAUGAGGUGCAGGCUCACCCCGAGGAGGCGAACAUCGUGAUAUUUUCAAGCAAGGAGCCCAAAAUGCAGGUGACCAUUUCUCUCACCUCGCCGCUGAUGAGGGAGGACACUGCUGCUGAGAAGGACAAGCAGGCAGGAGGAAAAGCGGCUGAGAAAGAUGUGGGUGAAAAGGAUCCUCCUGAUCUUCUGAAUAAGAAGAAAUGUCUGGAAUACCUGGCUGCUCUCCGUCACGCCAAAUGGUUUCAGGCUCGCGCAAACGGGCUGCAGUCCUGUGUGAUCGUCAUCAGGGUGCUGAGAGAUUUAUCUCAGCGGGUUCCUACCUGGGGGAAGAUGCCUGGCUGGGCAAUGGAGCUGCUGGUGGAGAAAGUGAUCAGCAGUGCUACAGGCCCGCUCAGCCCAGGAGAAGCCAUGCGCAGAGUGCUGGAGUGCAUCUCCACAGGCAUCCUGCUACCAGAUGGACCAGGGUUGAUGGACCCCUGUGAGAAAGAGCCAACAGAUGCUUUGGAAAGCAUGAUGCUUCAAGCCAGAGAGGACAUAACUGCCAGUGCACAGCAUGCUCUGCGGCUGCUUGCUUUCCGUCAGAUCCACAAGGUUCUGGGCAUGGGGUCCCUGCCGGCGUCCAAGGCCAGCGCUCGCAACCGCAAACGUCGACGGGAUGGCAGCGACACGGGCGAAGGGGAGGGGGAAGGCAAAAAAGACAAGAAGGAAGAAGCGGAGAGUGCUUGACGACUGCCUACAGAGCAGAGGCGUUUGCUAGUUUAGAGACUGGUAGAAUGUCACAACUUUAAACUUUUCUUAUCUUGGAAACAAUCUUAACACGCAGCUAUACAAAUGAAUAUAACUGACUAUACAUGUUACAUGUCUGCCCUUGAAUUAAGAGGAAUAUGUGUUGGAGGCAGAGGCUGAAAUGUGAGAAUCUGUACUGCAGUUCCUUCCCCCCGUAUAGUAACUUGUUGCAAAUGUGUCUUAAAAUGUGCAGAGAAAAUUGGCUCAGUAAAAAAAAAUCAUGAAAAUGACUUAUCAUUCCAUUUUGCUAUAAUUUCACGCUAACCACAGAUUAUCCCGCCCCUGUUUGUUCACAUUCAGUUGUAUUGUUUACUAUGACAUUAAAGCCUCCAAUUAAAUCUUUAGCACCUUAAGCAUUAUUUCCAGCUUUUCCCUUUGAAGAAGAGUCUGACCUCUUUGGCUCUUCAGGCCAGUACAAUUAUACCAUUUGACACAUAAGUCAGGACUCGCAGAACUAACGUUGGUGCAUGAUAUUUGUACACUGAAAUGUGUAUUUAAGUGUAAUAAAGCUUUGAAACGGUGAGAGAGACCAGAGAAGACGGACUGACUUUAGGAUCUACAUUCAAAACAGUACUGUGAUGUUAAUUGUGCCUAAGAUGACACAUUAGUUAUAAAAUAGUGUGAUGCUUGGUUGAGCAAACCUCACAAAUCCUUCCUUCAUGCCCUCUUUGCUCCCUGUCCUCUAAAGCCGUUUCAACAUUUCCUCCUGACGCAUUUUGAAAAACUUGACUGCGAUAAGUUCAUAUAGAGUUGUGAAAUCCAAAGGCCCUGCAUCACACCUUGAAAAAGAAAACUGAACUAAAAGAACUCCCCCCCCCCCCCUUUUGUUUUUAAGGUUUUGUGAGAAACGUACAAAAACACAGAAGCUCUGCUUUGUGCAGCAUCCCCUGUCACACUGGAGGACAAAUCUGCCACUAAAGAGAGAUGUCUUAUGUUGCACAAUCUGUAGCAUGCUGAGAGAAUGAAGCACUUAUGAAAUGAAAAUGUUACUGUAUGCAGCCAUAAUUUUAUCAUUUAAAUAAUAUGCCUAGUAAUCUUUUUUUCUUCCGAGAAAAGCUUUUAGUCUGAAAAAUAAGACUAAUUAUCUACUGUAAUGAUCAAGUAGUCCUUUGACUUUCUUCCUUGUGCCUGAAUCAUGUUGUGUGUUUAUAAAAGACUGAGUAAUGGGAACAUAUGAGUUGUCAGGUGUAAUGCUCUCAUUUCACAAAGGUUUAGGACAGGAAAGGGACAGUUGCACAACUCUUGGUUUAAAAGUUCUCCUGAGAGAGAACUGUGCAGUUUUAGGUUGAUUUUCAUUCAUCUAGAGCAACAUACAAGUAUUGCUUAUUUUAUUUCUGAAGGACAAUGUAUUUUGUAUUUAAACAAAGUGUGAGCGUUGCUGUUAUAUGAUUUGAAUGUCUUUGUAGUGUUGCCUAAAAUUAAGGGGAGAUAUUAAAACACUUUUAAGCCA